AUGGACCGCAUCAGAUCUUCAGCUAAAAUCACCAUUCAUUUGGAGAACAGUCAACUUGUUAUGCACGGCAGCCCAACUGAAUCGUCUGGGUGUGUCUUGCGUGGAGUACUUGAAGUUAACUUUCAAGAGUCGACAAAGGUGAAGUCUAUCCGACUAGAUUUCUCGGGAAAGAGUAUAACGUGUUGGCAUACAGGAAGUACCUCUCUUGAUCCUUGCGAUGCUUCUUACCUCGACGAACGCGAGUUGAUAUCCCACGCAUGGUCAUUUCUUCCGCAGCAAUCCAAGCUACACCAAAUGAGCGCAGGAAGUCACUUUUACGAAUUUGAGCUUUUACUCGCAGGAAAUCUUCCCGAGACUGCAUAUGUAGAUCGGUACUAUCAAGCCAAAUAUCAACUAAAGGCUGUGAUCGAACGCUCAAAGUUUUUGCCCAACCACACUGAGAGAAGAGAUGUUCGAAUCUGGCGGCAACUAUCAGGAGUCUCGUUUGAUUCUAGCCCUGUCUCGGUGGCUGGCCAGUGGACAGAUAAGCUAGACUACGAAAUCAGUACACCUACAAAGCACUACUUCCACGGAGAUCAGAUUCCAGUCACACUAAGUGUGAUUCCUCUUUCGAACGAUAUCAAAGUACGGCAUUUGACUUGGGUUCUCAAAGAGUACCUGGUCUGUCGGUCUACUAAUCGACUGGUCCGUAAAACCGCACAAACCCACUCAAGAGUCAUACAUCUCUCGCACGACGAUGAAUUUGGAAAAAAGAACACCGACAGUCAGCCAGAUCUAUUUGUGAGCUGGGUAAAAGAACUAGCGAUCCAGGUGCCAAGGUCACCUGAUGCGAUACAAUGCGAUGUACGAAGCAAAUCUGUCUCUGUUCGCCAUAAGCUCAAGUUUGUCAUCUCGCUCCAGAACGCAGAUGGCCACGUGUCCGAACUUCGCGCUAUUUUGCCCAUAGCAGUUGACUGUGCUGUAAAUGACAAUGGACUGCCUGCAUAUGAAGAGAUUGGCCGUACAUCUCCUUACAACCCUCUAGCCAUGACUGCUCUUCUGCAAAACUUUGAGAGAAGUCAAGCAUUAACAUCCUCCCACUCACAAUCACUAAUAUCAUCCGAGCAGAGACCUUAUGGACCGUCUGAUACUUCCUUGAGUAACUCAAGUGCAACACAUUUGCCGUCCUACAGUUCUCUGUUUACCACACCUUCUACAGUUUCCUGA